AUGAGUAAAAUUGUUAGGGCAUUAGGUAAUCUGUCCAUAGAAAGUAUGUUUGAUUGGCAAAAUGCUGAAGUUUGGUACUAUCGGACAGUUUACUUGUACAUAUCAACAAAUUUUGAUGUACUUUUUUGUCAGUAUUUUAAAAUACUUUCUUUCAGGGUAGUUCAUACUCCUGGUCACACAGAAGACCAUUUGGUGCUUAUGUUGGAAGAAGACAGUACCAUAUUCAGUGGAGAUUGUAUACUUGGAGAAGGAACAACAGUGUUUGAGGACCUGUACAACUACAUGAAAUCUUUAGAUAAAAUCCUAGAGUUGAAACCAACAAUUAUAUAUCCUGGUCAUGGUCCAGAAAUUCCUGAUCCUUGUGCCCGGAUUACAGAAUACAUCCAUCACAGAAAUUUGAGAGAAACUCAAAUAUUGAACAAGCUGAAAGAAAGCAGUGAACAACCACUAACAGCUAUGGAUCUAGUAAAGAGUAUUUAUAAAGACACUCCCGAGCACUUGCACGUAGCAGCCGAAAACAAUGUUAUUCAUCAUCUUUCAAAAUUGGUGAAAGAAAAGAAAGUGGGUAAGUUGAGUUUUGAAAGUACUGAAAUCAUAUUUUUCUAACACUUUGGCGAAAGA